AAAUUGAAAUUUUCAUAUUUUUCUUCCGGGUACUUGAAUAUGUAAAAUCUAGAGAAAUCAAUUUUCUUUGCGUAUAGAUAUGCACUACAAUUUGAAAAAAGAAAUACCCAAAUUUGAUAACCUAAUUGGAACUUUCCAAGUUCGGACACCGCCGUGCCGCCGUAGUAAUCCACCACCAGCACCUUUCCCUCGUUUGACCUUUCGCCCAAGCCACCGCCAUUACAUAAUGCAGCUCACCACUCUCCAUCCUCAUUGCUAAGCCCUUGUAUGGCGGCAGCCCCAAUUUCUCUCAAAUCCUCAUCCCAACCCUUUACCCCUUUCCACCUCCAAUGGCCACCGACGCCCCCGCGAAAUUCCAGAAUCCGGAGCUGAUCCCGGUCCCGCAGCACCACACGGAACACCACCCGGAGACCUCCGCCGCGGCGGCGUCGGCCCACGACGGGCUCCACUUCUGGCAGUUCAUGAUCGGCGGCUCGAUCGCCGGCAUGGUGGAGCACAUGGCGAUGUUCCCCGUCGACACCGUCAAGACCCAGAUGCAGGCCCUGGGUUCCUGCCCCAUUAAAUCCGCGAGCGUCAGCCACGCGCUCCAGUCCAUUCUCAAGCGCGACGGCUUCAGAGGCUUCUACCGCGGGAUAGGUGCGAUGGGGCUCGGUGCUGGCCCCGCCCAUGCUGUUUACUUCUCCGUGUACGAAUUCUCCAAGAAGACUUUAUCAGGCGGGAGCCCCAACAAUCCGGCCGCCCACGCCUUGUCCGGGGUGUUCGCUACAAUUGCCAGCGAUGCUGUUUUGACGCCCAUGGAUAUGGUGAAGCAGAGGCUGCAGCUGAGCAGCAGCCCUUAUGGCGGGGUUUGGGACUGUGUGCGCAGGGUGGCCCGGGAGGAGGGUAUUCGGGCUUUCUUUGCGUCUUAUAGAACGACUGUGCUUAUGAAUGCGCCUUUCACAGCCGUGCAUUUCGCGACUUACGAGGCUGCUAAGAGAGGGUUGAUGGAGGUCUCGCCGGAAAGUGCUAGCGAUGAGAGGUUGGUGGUUCACGCCACCGCAGGGGCAGUGGCAGGGGCAUUAGCGGCGGCCCUGACCACGCCUCUGGAUGUGGUGAAGACUCAGUUGCAGUGCCAGGGUGUCUGUGGAUGUGAUAGAUUCGUGAGUGGGUCAAUUCGUGAUGUUAUACGAACAAUAAUAAAGAAAGAUGGGUACAGAGGUCUUCUAAGAGGAUGGAUGCCUAGGAUGCUCUUUCAUGCUCCUGCAGCCGCCAUUUGCUGGUCAACUUACGAAGCUGCAAAAGCUGCAUUCCAAGAAUUCAAUGCAAAUGGGACCUGACAAAGCAAAACUCGAUUCAAUACAAAAAUCUUUUUCAUGUUUCUUUUACUGGCAGAUAAAGUGUAGGGGUUUGCAUGAGUAAAGCUCCAUUCAUUCGGCUUCACGAUUUGGCUUAUGAGCAUCUGAGUGAGGUAAACCCUUUACACACAGGGAGCGAUUACGACCAGAUUGGCAAGCAAGUUUUGGACUUUCGUCACUAUUAGAUGUAAUAUUAGCAGUUACUGAAUUGAAUUAUAGGUGGAAUUGCAGUGUGAGACCUUUAUUUGAACUUUUUUAGAUGCAAUUAUCAUAUUUAUACAAUUUCUGGAUGAGGAGUUUGAUGGGUUUGAAUGGAAUAUGUUGAACUGUAAUAAAAUUUGAGAAUAGUUAAAUUUUAUUUUUCCGAGGAAAUGGAAAAUGAUUCUAAUGUAUGGCAGCUCAUGCUAGCUAUAUUUAUUUUAUCUUUCGAUUCUCGUUG